UCUGAGGCCGAACAAUAUCGUGAAGAUGAUGAGAAACAACGCGAAAGAAUUUCUGCUCGUAACAGCCUGGAAGCAUAUGUAUUCAGUGUGAAACAAGCAAUCGACCAAGCUGGUGACAAAUUGAGCGACGAUGAUAAAUCAAAGGCACGUAAUUGCUGCGAGGAAGCCAUCAAAUGGAUUGAUAGCAACGGAUUGGCCGAUAAAGAUGAAUUUGAACACAAAAUGCAAGAAGUCAGCCAGAUUUGCUCGCCAAUCACGACGAAGAUCCACACUGGUGGAGCGGGAAGUGGACCAAGCAGCUGCGGCCAACAAACUGGAAACAACUUCAACAGUCAGCGUGGUCCAAAAAUUGAAGAGGUCGAUUAAAUAAAUCAUGAUGAACAAAUAAACCAAAGUCAUAAUGCACAAAUUUGUUGACUAGUUGAUAAGGAAAAUUUGAAUUCAAAAUCACAGUCAAUGUAACUAGAGUUAAGGAAAAUAAAUAAACUAUUUAAUUUAUUCGGUAUGUUGAAUCAACAAA